AGUCUUUCUAGUCUUCAUUUUCCCUUCUUCUUCUUCUUCUUCUUCUUUUUCUGUCUACUUUUAUUAUCUAUCUUUAUACGUCGUCGUUUAAAUAGACUUCGUUUUACAGCUAUUUUCGGUGUUGCUAAAUCGAUCGGUUUGUUUUUGGAACAUAUAUAGCUAUAGCAAAUAAUUGAUAUUCCAAAGUCAAGUCUUUGUCGAUCGAGGGUUGUGGAGAGUUAAAGUUUAACUUAGAAACCUCAUGCAGAAGAACCUAUAAAUUUUUUUUUGCUGAAGCUGCUUUGACGGGAAAAUGUUGGAGGCUCCAAAGUUUGGGGGACUUAAUAUAGACUUAAAUGAGAACCAUGAUCAUUAUGGACUGUCACAAAACUUUUACCAUAAGCUUGGUGAGGGAUCAAACAUGUCAAUCGACAGUUAUGGGAGCUUGCAGAUGAGCAAUGGUGGAGGUUCAGUUGCAAUGUCGAUGGAUAACAGCAGUGUUGGAUCAAAUGAUUCGCACACUCGUAUUUUAAACCACCAGGGUCUCAAGCGUGUCCACAAUAACUAUUCUGUUGCAGCUAGUGUAAAUAAGGGGAAAACUUCUCAUGGGUUGAGUGACGAUGCCCUAGCUAAAGCUUUGAUGGAUCCUCGAUAUCCUACCAAUGGGCUUGAGAAUUAUGAUGAGUGGACAAUUGAUUUGAGGAAGCUCAACAUGGGGCCAGCUUUUGCUCAGGGGGCUUUUGGGAAACUCUACAAGGGAACUUACAAUGGUGAGGAUGUUGCUAUCAAGCUUCUAGAGAGGCCAGAGAAUGAUCUUGAGAGGGCUCAGUUGAUGGAGCAACAGUUUCAGCAGGAAGUGAUGAUGUUGGCAAAUUUGAAACAUCCAAAUAUUGUUCGGUUUAUCGGUGGAUGCCGUAAACCCAUGGUGUGGUGUAUUGUCACUGAAUAUGCUAAAGGAGGAUCAGUUCGUCAGUUUCUCAAUAAGCGACAAAAUCGAUCUGUGCCCUUGAAGUUAGCAGUGAAGCAGGCCUUGGAUGUGGCAAGGGGUAUGGAAUAUGUGCAUGGCCUGAAUCUGAUACAUCGUGACCUGAAAUCUGACAACCUACUAAUUGCUGCUGAUAAAUCAAUCAAGAUUGCAGACUUUGGGGUUGCUCGUAUUGAGGUGCAGACAGAAGGAAUGACACCAGAGACUGGAACAUACCGGUGGAUGGCUCCGUCCUAUGGUCCUAAAUUUUGCCUCUUGGUACCAGGGCACUGAUCUGGGUGGCAUCCGACAUGGCACCAGUUUAUCGAAAGCCGUGAUUUUGUCCCUUAAAGCAAUUAAAACAUGUGAAGCAUUGCGGGAAACUCCUUGCCGAGGGCCUGUGCACCCCCGGGAUUAGUCGGGGCUCAAAGAGACCCGGACACCCGGUGCUUAAUCAAAAAAAAAAAAAAUGUGAAGCAAGGGGUUAUCGCAUCAUUGGUGAAGCCAUGCGCUUCAGAGAAGUAUGUGAUUCAAGCAAUGAUGUGGUAAGUAAUCCAAUAAGAAGCCAUCAGUUCAUUGAAUCUCAACUUUGAGUUAGAUUAAUAUUGACAUGAUUGUUCAUAGGAUGCUCAAAUUAGUUAUUUUAGUUGCACUUUGAUUACUAAAUUAUAUAUAUAUGGUAUUUUUUUUAAAAAAAUAAAAAAUCGUGAAUUAACUUCAAAGAAGUGUGUGUUUCAUUUGUCGUUUUCCCUUCAAGGCACCUGCGCCAUAUCACUUUUUGCAGUUUUUGCUUUUAAACACACACAUGGCACACUGUAAAGAAUUCCACCUUAUUAUAUGCUUUAUACUUGCGUACUAUAUCCAUCUUUACUCUGCCCUUACGCCCCAAGCAGACAUCCAAUUAUGAUGAUUCAUUGAGAAAUAUAUUUGUUGCUUGCUCCAUAACUUUAGGAAACCAUCAAUGUCAUUCACUCAUAUUUUUGUUUCUUCUUGCAAUAUGCGUUCAUUAUUCCUGUUGCAAAA